UAGACGAUCUUUGGUGGUGCUCUUUGCUCUGACGCGGCUUCGUGGCUGUCUGUCAGGGAAGACUCGCAGCUCUUCUCCCGGAAUACAUAUCUCCGCAACAGUAAGGCUGAUGAGUCCCUGAAGACAGUUUUAAACAUGGACCAUGCACCUUAGACAGUGUCAACCAGCUUUACUGUGUAUUACCUGACAUCGCCCUCCAACUGGAUGACAGGAGAUGAGACACUGCAGCCCUAGACCACAUCAUGAGUAUCCAGAGUCUGGGAGGAGCUUUAGGGGAGUCCCUGGGCUCUAGCCUGACGGUACGUAUGAGCGGAGCAGGUGGUGGGUGGAGUGCUCUAUCCCUGAAACCUGUUUCCUCUGGACGGAUCGCCUCUCUAUUCCAGACCAUGGUACCCACUGGUUAUACCAAGCUGCAGGAGGAGCGGCUGGCCAUGGUGGACCUCGGAGCUAAACCUGAGGCCAGCCCCCUCCAGAACGGCUACAGACAAGAGACAUCUUACGCAGAAAGUCGACGGCACCUGGACCGGGCUUCUCGGUCCUCUGUGACUGUCUCUGACUGUGGAGACGGAGGCUACUCUGAAACAGAGCCCAUGUUGGCUGAGAGGAGGUUUUCUGGGGAGGAGGCAGAUGAAGAGGAGGAGGAGGAGGAUGAGGGUGAAGGGCAGGGAUCUGAUUUGCAGAAUAUGCCCAAGGAGUCACCUUUGGCUAUGGCACUGCAGAUUCUGGUGCCUUUCCUUCUUGCUGGAUUUGGAACUGUGUCAGCUGGAAUGGUGCUGGACAUUGUGCAGCACUGGGAGGCGUUCCAGUACAUCACAGAGAUCUUCAUCCUGGUUCCUGCUCUGCUCGGCCUCAAGGGAAACCUGGAGAUGACUCUGGCAUCCAGGCUGUCCACAGCGGUGAAUGUGGGCAAGAUGGAUUCUCCAAUAGAGAAGUGGAAUCUAAUCAUAGGCAACCUGGCACUGAAGCAGGUUCAGGCCACUGUGGUGGGUUUCCUGGCAGCCGUAGCAGCCGUGAUUCUCGGUUGGAUCCCAGAGGGGAAGUUCCAGAUGAGCCACGCUGUGCUGCUGUGCUCCAGCAGUGUGGCCACGGCCUUCAUAGCCUCCCUGCUGCAGGGUAUCAUCAUGGUGGGUGUGAUUGUGGGUUCCAAGAAGACGGGCAUCAACCCAGACAACGUAGCCACACCCAUUGCCGCCAGUUUUGGUGACCUCAUAACGUUGGCGAUCCUGGCCUGGAUAAGUCAGGGCCUCUACAAGUGCCUGGAUUCCUACCCGUAUGUGUCAUCACUGGUCUGUGCCUUCUUCAUGUGUCUGACUCCUCUGUGGAUCGUCAUCUCCUCCAAGCACCCAGCCAGCCGCACCCUGCUCUACUCGGGAUGGGAGCCAGUCAUCACUGCCAUGGUCAUCAGCAGCAUUGGAGGGCUCAUCCUGGACAAAACAGUGUCUGACCCAAAUCUGGCUGGCAUCGUCGUCUACACCCCAGUUAUCAACGGUAUCGGAGGGAACCUGGUGGCUAUCCAGUCCAGCAGGAUCUCCACUCACCUGCAUUUCCACUGUGCUCCUGGGGAGGUUCCUGACGAGGCCAAAGGCUGCUACUACCCCUGCCGCACAUUCUGUGGUACAGGAGCCAAUCACAGGUCUGCUCAGGUGCUCCUCCUUUUGGUGAUUCCUGGUCACAUAAUCUUCCUCUACACCAUCCACCUGAUGAAGAGUGGCCACACCACACUGACACCCAUCUUCAUGUCUGUGUACCUGGCUGCUGCUAUGCUGCAGGUGUUGCUGUUGUUAUGUAUAGCAGACUGGAUGGUCCAUUCCAUGUGGCGGAGCGGCAAAGACCCGGACAGUUUCUCCAUCCCUUACCUAACGGCUCUGGGUGACCUGCUGGGCACCGCCCUGCUGGCGCUCAGUUUCCACUUCCUAUGGCUCAUAGGAGACCAGGACAGCGAUGUGGGAGACUGAGGCAGACAGCAGCGUGACGGGAACUCUGCUGUCUGCCAACCGACAUCUCACACCUUUAAGCCUUGUGGGAACGUGGUGCUCUCUGUCACCAGCCAGCACAUUCCUCUGCUUCACCGACUGGAUGAAACUUCACUUCAACCACGUGAUGGUUUAGAAGCUUUUUUCUGCUCCGUUUUUUGUUUGUUUUCUACACACAAAAGACAUUAUAUUUCAUAAAUAUAGACUGUUCUCAGUAGCAUUCUGAUCUUCAUUAUUUGCACCAAAGCACUUGCGUAUUAAAUCGCUGGUUUAGUUCAGAGGAGCAGGAAAAACCAGCCAGCACCCACAAUGCUGAGGAAACCUGGCUGCUGUCUACUCUGCCAGCAUCAAUCGGAGGUCUUCUCUCUGGCUGGAAUAUAUGUUGGGGAUUUACCACCCAUCGUGUCACAAAAUUUGUUUAUGUAUUAUGCUUUAUACCAUUACAUCAGUGGAGGGUCACAGACAGUUGGGGUGGAGGCCAGGGGAGGUGAAGCCUGCCAUUAUUUUGCUUGUUGAACAAUUUUCGUAUGGUUUUGUUUCCCUCUUUCUAACCUGUCUCCUGGUUCUCAGCCUUUUUCACUCUGGGGGCCAAAUCCAGUCUCGAGGACUAGCACUGUAACUGUGUUUACUCUGAACCAAGAGGAGUCAGACAAUUUUAUUCCAAGAGUUAAUCUAGUGAAUGAUGUUUACACAAAAAUGCACACAAAUAUGAGAAAUAAGAGUGAUAACUUCAUUUAAAUCAAGUUUAAACGUAUCUUUGCAGCCUAACAGCCAACACUUGACUGUACCAGGGCACAGCCAGUUGUUGAGAAUUUGCUAAACCACCCCAAACAGUGAUUGUCCAAUCAUAGCUUAGCAGCUAUAACCAGGUCCAGACAUGCUUGCUGUACAGCAUGUUUUGGAUUAGUCCACAUGUUGAAGCCGUGUGCGUGGGGCUGUAUAAAGAGCUCAGAGGGUGGUCUCACCUUCCCAAACCCAAAACACAAGAGCCAAAAGAACUGACGCUGUCUACUCUAAUGUAAUCUGUAAACAUUCACAUCUCCAGCUAAGCAUCCCGUCACUGGUUAGUCAGCAUUACAUAGAUGGCCAAAGGGCACAUCAUAAACUAUCUACUACAGGUAGGGCUACAGGUGACAAUUAAAAAAGCUGUGUUGCACAUCCAUUUUGCAAAAUCAUGUGUGAAGAUUUGAUGUGGAGAAGUUUGACGACAAGUUUCUCGUGUAACAUUUGGUGAGAACAUGAAAACAAGUACAUAAACUCAGCAGCCAAACAGCAUUUAGUUAGAAUGAAAGACAUUUAUCUUAUCAUACAAAUAACACAAGGACUGACUUCUUCACUGUAAUACAAGAACAAAGCUGUUUCCACAUGAUCGUCAUCUCAGCAGCUUUAGCCUCAGUAUUACAGUACAACGCUAUUUAUGUAGCCAUCAAGUGCACCAUCAGUGACAGGUGUAGCAACAUGAGCUAAUGAGAUCAGGGCUUGGUGAAUUGUCAAGGUUUACUUUGGAUCAACCAAUCAGCAGAGAUGUUUACGUCAUGUGUUCCUUUCAUCUUUGCAGUCUCAGCUUCCUGUUUUAUUCUGUAAAUGUUAACACACUUCUCUAAAACAAGGCAUGAAAUUCUUUGUAUAUUAUGUCUCCUGCAUUCCCUUCAUUCAUUCAUUCGUUCGGUCAUUCAUUCAUCUCCUCUGACCGUUGGUCUUGUCUGUUAUCCUCAG